AUGCAAUGGAUUCCCAGUGUCCUUGGAAAGAUCAGGAGAGCCUGUUUUGGAAGGGAGAUAGCAUCUACAUUUGACACAUAUAAUUCGGAAGCGAGCGAAAUAAUCACGCCCCAGACAUGCAGCGGCGUGAAAACAGAGGUAACGAAGACGCUCGCUCCGUUUUUCCAGGUGUCGAGGGUUGACAUCCUUGAUGGAAAUGCUCACGUCAGCCAGACGUUUGGAACACUUAGCCUGGGGAACUCUCUUGUGCAAAUCAGCGUGGAUCAUGAAAACAGCCUGCGGCUCAAGGCCAUGAACAUGUCUGGGAAUCUUGCCACAAGGGUCCACACGAUAAUUACAGGCAGAAAGGAGGUGUUCAGCCAGGUCGAGCUGGAGAUGAGGAGCAGAGUCAAUAAUCUUGGACUGAAGUUGAUAAGCCCUGCAAUAAAGGGCACUGGCAUGGUGUACGUUGCCAACACCCUCCAGCAGUUUGGAACUCUGAGCCUUGGUGCAGAAAUCAUAGGUGCCGACUCAGAGCUUGGGAUUUCCGUUUGUGGAAGGUAUGAACACAGCAGCGGGAUUUUCUCUGUGGGUUUGCAGCAGUUUACUGCCUUGACCCUCAACUACUAUCGUAGGCUUGGAAAGUUCUUUGAUAUGGGUGCCGAGGUGCAGCUUCCGAGGACCUGCCCUCCAAGUGCAGCCAUAGGAUGCAGGCUAUCAACACCAAAAGCCCAGGCAAAGGCAAGUGUGAGCAGCAACAUGUCUCUAAGCUUCUGCCUUGCCGAGAAGCUAACUGAGGGGCUGUCAUUCAACAUUAAUGCUGAGGUUAAUAAGUCUGGAUGCACUCACGGAUUUGGGUUCCUGUUGGAAUUCUAA